AGCCGGCGGGCUGGACGGCAGCGGGAGCCGAGCCGGGACUGUCGCGCGGGCCGCGCCGGCGAUGCCGCGCCCCCGGGCCGGGCUGUAGCGGGGCCGGGACGGAGUGCGCGCCGGGCAAGCCGGACAUGGAGGUGGUGGACGAGACGGAGGCGCUGCAGCGCUUCUUCGAAGGCCACGACAUCAAUGGCGCCCUGGAGCCCUCCAACAUCGACACCAGCAUCCUGGAGGAGUACAUCAGCAAGGAGGAUGCCUCCGACCUCUGCUUCCCUGACAUCUCUGCUCCAGCCGGCGCCGCCGCCUACGCCCACGGGCAGCCAGCAAUCCCCGGCUCCAGCGGGGUCCACCACCUGAGCCCCCCUGGCGGCGGACCCUCCCCGGGGCGCCAUGGCCCCCACCCGCCCCCGAGCUACAGCGCCCCGCUCAACUGCAACAACAACAAUGGCAUGGGUGCCGCUCCCAAGCCCUUCCUGGGGGGCUCUGGGCCCCCCAUCAAGGCAGAGCCCAAGGCUCCCUAUGCCCCAGGCACACUGCCUGACUCCCCCCCAGACUCGGGCUCCGAGGCCUAUUCCCCGCAGCAGGUGAACGACCCCCACCUCCUGCGCACCCUAACCCCUGAGACCCUGUGCCAUGCGGGGGGGCCCUCCCGCCUGGAGCACCUGCCCCCACCGCCAGCCCACCUGCCAGGCCCCCCGCCGCCCCCGCCGCCCCCGCCUCACUACCCCGUCCUGCAGCGGGACCUGUACAUGAAGGCGGAGCCCCCGAUGCCCCCCUACGCGGCCAUGGGGCAGGGGCUGGUGCCCGCUGAGCUGCACCAUGCCCAGCAGUCCCAGAUGCUGCACCAGCUGCUGCAGCAGCAUGGAGCCGAGCUCCCCACGCACCCCUCGAAGAAGAGGAAGCACUCGGAAUCACCCCCCAACACCCUCAACGCCCAGAUGCUGAACGGGAUGAUCAAACAGGAGCCCGGGACUGGGACAGCCCUGCCGCCACACCCCCCUCGAGCCCCGUCCCCGCCCUGGCCUCCCCAGGGCCCGCUCUCGCCCGGCCCCGGCUCCUUGCCCCUCAGCAUCGCCCGGGUGCAGACGCCGCCCUGGCACCCACCGGGUGCGCCGUCGCCAGGUCUCCUGCAGGACAGUGACAGCCUCAGUGGCUCCUACCUGGACCCCAACUACCAGUCCAUCAAGUGGCAGCCACAUCAGCAGAACAAGUGGGCAACACUGUACGACGCGAACUACAAGGAGCUGCCCAUGCUCACCUACCGCGUGGACGCCGACAAGGGCUUCAACUUCUCGGUGGGAGACGACGCCUUCGUGUGUCAGAAGAAGAACCACUUCCAGGUGACGGUGUACAUCGGCAUGCUGGGCGAGCCCAAGUACGUCAAGACGCCCGAAGGCCUCAAGCCCCUCGACUGCUUCUACCUGAAGCUGCACGGAGUGAAGCUGGAGGCCCUGAACCAGUGCAUCAACAUCGAGCAGUCUCAGUCGGACCGCAGCAAGCGGCCCUUCAACCCUGUCACGGUCAGUCUGCCCCCUGAGCAGGUCACGAAGGUGACCGUGGGGCGGCUGCACUUCAGCGAGACCACUGCCAACAACAUGCGCAAGAAGGGCAAGCCCAACCCUGACCAGAGGUACUUCAUGCUGGUGGUGGCCCUCCAGGCCCACGCACAAAAUCAGAACUACACGCUGGCUGCCCAGAUCUCAGAGCGCAUCAUCGUGCGGGCCUCCAACCCAGGCCAGUUUGAGAGCGACAGCGACGUGCUGUGGCAGCGGGCGCAGGUGCCCGACACCGUCUUCCACCACGGCCGCGUGGGCAUCAACACGGACCGGCCUGACGAGGCGCUGGUCGUGCACGGCAACGUCAAGGUCAUGGGCUCGCUCAUGCACCCGUCGGACCUUCGGGCCAAGGAGCACGUGCAAGAGGUGGACACCACGGAGCAGCUGAAGAGGAUCUCGCGCAUGCGGCUGGUGCACUACAGAUACAAGCCGGAGUUUGCGGCCACCGCCGGCAUCGAGGCCUCGGCACCGGAGACAGGUGUCAUCGCCCAGGAGGUGAAGGAGAUCCUGCCCGAGGCUGUGAAGGACACUGGAGACGUGGUCUUUGCCAACGGGAACACCAUAGAGAACUUUCUGGUGGUGAACAAGGAGCGCAUCUUCAUGGAGAACGUGGGUGCCGUGAAGGAGCUGUGCAAGCUCACUGACAACCUGGAGACGCGCAUCGACGAGCUGGAGCGCUGGAGCCACAAGCUGGCCAAGCUGCGGCGGCUGGACAGCUUCAAGUCCACCGGCAGCUCGGGCGCCUUCAGCCACACAGGGAGCCAGUUCAGCCGGGUGGGCAGCGUCCCCCACAAGAAGAGGCCCCCCAAGGUGGCCAGCAAGCCAUCGUCCGUGGUCCCAGACCAGGCCUGCAUCAGCCAGCGCUUCCUGCAGGGAACCAUCAUUGCCCUGGUGGUGGUCAUGGCCUUCAGCGUGGUGUCCAUGUCCACCCUGUACGUGCUGAGCCUGCGCACCGAGGAGGACCUGGUGGAGACGGACGGCUCUUUUGCCGUGUCCACUUCCUGUCUCCUGGCCCUGCUCCGGCCCCAGCACCCUGGGGUGGGUGAGGCCAUGCACCCGUGGUCCAGCCAGAACUUUGGGACCACUCAGCUCCGACAGUCCCCUGUGACCACUGGGCUGCCAGGCACACGGCCCUCUUUGCUGCUGGUCCCCGCCGGCCUGACCAGCUCAGCCCCCCGACCGGCCCUCCGCGCCUUGGACCUGUGCUCCAGCCGCCCCUGCCCCGCCGUCUGCUGCCCCUCACCCACUCCGAGCCCUUCCACGGACUCUAGUCUUCGCUCCAGCGUCAGCCCCAGCCGUGGUCCCAGCCCCGGUCCCAGCCCCUCCACGAACCGCUCAGACCCUAGCCAGAUGGCCCUGCUGCCAGUCACCAACAUCAGAGCCAAGUCCUGGGGCCUGUCGGCCAAUGGCAUUGGCCACUUCAAGCAUCCAAAGGGCUUGGAGCCCGUGGCCAGUCCUGCAGUCCCCUUCCCUAGGGUGCAGGGCAAAACCAAGAACAGCCCCAGCCUCCGAAUCCAUGGCCGGGCCCGCCGAGGGGCCCCCCAGCCUGGCCUGGGCCCCACUCAGACCUGGGGCCCACCAGGGCAUUCUGGGUCCUGUUGGGUCCCUUCGCUGCCUCAUGGAACUGAAAAUGUCGCAGGCCCAGCAAGUGACGCAGCCCCCUCCCUGACCUCCAUCCAGGUGCUGGAGACCUCGAUGCCCAUCACUUCCCAGUACUGCGUCCCGGGGGCCGCCUGCAGGCCUGGGAACGUCACCUACCACAUCCCCGUCAGCAGCGGCACCCCUCUGCACCUCGGUCUGACCCUGCAGAUGAACUCCUCGUUCCCCGUGUCCGUGGUGCUGUGCAGCCUGACGUCGGAGGAGCCGUGUGAGGAAGGGGGCCUUCCACGGAGCCUCCACACCCACCAGGACACCCAGGGCACUUCCCACCAGUGGCCAGUAAGCAUCCUGUCCUUCCGUGAAUUCACCUACCACUUCCAGGUGGCGUUACUGGGUCAGGCAAACUGCAGCGCGGAGGCCCCGGUCCGGCCGGCCACAGACUACUACUUCCGCUUCUACCGCCUGUGUGACUGAGCGGCCCUCCCCGGGGCAGCACCGCACCGGGGCCCGGCCCGGCGCCCUUCCUACACUGGACGCAGUGGUGUACACUGGAGCCUGCCCGCUCUCCCCCGCGCACUGGCACUCCCCCAGGGGCUGAGCUGGGCCCAGCCCUCCCCGCCGGGUGAAGCCGAGGUCCUCACACUGGAGCAGCUGUUCCUGCUGGUCACUCCUCCCACACCCCGAAGGGAACCGGGGACCUCCAGGGGCCAGUUCACAUCUGUCCAGCUACGGAGGCCGGAGGGCUGGCUUCGGAUGCCCUGGAGGCAAGGGGAAGCCUGGGACUCUCUCCAGAGCCCACCCUCCCUGCCUCCCCUUUUAAGACUGAGAGCUACCUUUUGGCCCUCAGAGAGGACCUGCCUGCCUUUGGGAUGGACCAGCGGGGGCGUGGAGGGAGCCCCGAGACUUGGCUGGAACCAUGCAUCAGUGGAGGGCAGACGGCCCUCAGCCUCGAAGCUGCUCCCCGAGGGGCGGCGAGGUGGUGGACUUUUAGGGUUUGACUGUUACACUGGACUUGCACUUCAAAGCUUUAAGUGUGGCCCAGGAGGUCUUCUCUCCCUGGGAGAGCUUGGCUCCAAAAGCUCCCAGGGCAACCGAAGCCGUCCCCGGAUGGGUGGGAGGGACUGACCACGUGCCUUAUGUACGCUUAGUGCCUGGCUGAACCAGUGGGGCCAGUGGGCCAGGUACGCCUGGGGCCCUUGAACGUGGAGUAUCCUGGAAGGGGAGUUCCCUAUGAGCUUCCCGGUGGUGCAGCUCCAGGGCCUGGGCCCCGGGGAGCUGCUAGAGCUCACAGCGGUGCCAGUGACCCAUCACUUUGAGCAGAGGAGCAGGAAUCCUUGCAAGGCAGCAGGCCAUCUUGGCUGAUGGGUGGAUGCAGAUAGCUUUUGCUGUUAUUAAUGAAUAACUAAAAUGCACUUAAACCAAGACAAGAGUGGAAGGGUGGCGGCAGAAAACCCAGGGCGGGCUGGAGCCCUGGGAUGACGCUUGCAAAGACGGGGCCCCGGUUCUGAUCUGUCCCAGGGGGCCCCGAGACACCCAUCCCACUCCCGACCACGAAGACUCUGGCCUCUCCCUCCAUUCCUGUCUGCCGGAGGCCCCACCUCUGCUCACCCCUCCCUGCAGUGGAGUGGGCUUGGGUUAGGGCAGAAGCCUUAUCUCAAGUGCCAACGUUAGCUUGUCCUUAGUGGGUGCCUGCAGCCUUCUGAGAACACCUCGGGCUCGUGGAAGGAGUGUGGCCGUCACUGGGCCCUGUCCGCCAUGGGCUCAGACGUGGGGGCAGGACUUCCCACGUGUCCUUGCUCUGCGGUGGUCUGCCACCUCUGUGGGGACCAGGCCUCGCCCUUCUCAUGUCCCGUUCUCAGCUCUGAGUGGGAGGUCUUUCCGUAGGGGGUGCUGAAGCUUGAGAAAGCCUAGAAACUGCGGGGCCUUCUGCUGUGGAUCUCAAAGCACUUAUCCUCAGGAUGGGGAGACACCAGGGGGGUGGGGGCCCUCGGGGAGACCUGGCCACUCAGCCACCCCCCCCACCCCCGGUGUGGCUCCACUCCCUCGCUCUGACUCGGGGAUGACAUGGCUCCCGUACCACGCAGGGGCCCAGCCUCUUAGGACUACUCUGCUCUCUCUCCUCCCACAGUGUGGCGGCGUGGGGGGAACCUCCCUAAAUGCCUUAAAACUGCUGAGCCCCCCUCCUUAUAAUAGGAUUCUGGGCCUGCCUCAGUGGGGUAUUUGCCCUUGGACUACAGCUCCUCUGCCCUUAACUGGAAAGUGACCCUCCACUGCCCCCUGGGGCCCAUCUGGACACAGCAGAGCCCCAAUCUGGUUAGCAGCUGGCUGUUUCCAUGCCUGGGGUGGGGGUCUCGGUGCAGGGGCCGGGGCCAAGCAGGGGCUCCAAGCUGCUCGAGGGGGGGUCAACCUUGGACCAAAGUUGCGUUAAGCCCAGUAAGGUAAAAGGGCCUCAGGGAAGGUGAAUGGGCCACCUGCUGGAGGCUACAGCUGCCCGGCUGGGGCUGGAAAGUGGAUGUCUCGGCUCCAUGCCGUACCCAGGGGCCAGCAGCCAUCUCUUCCUUUCUCUCUCCCUUUGGCAUUUACUCCUGUAGCCACUGGGCUCAUCUCCCCCAAGCUUCAAGCUGUACAUAGGGCCUCGCAGUACACAAGACCCCUGCCCUCACUGUACCUCCUGCACGAGCCUGCGUGUGCAUAGAGCGCCCUCCCUCCCCGCUAACUCCCGGCCCCCGUCCCUGAGCUCGGCUCCUGUUCACCGUGCACCAACUCGGACCCAGGAGCCGGCGGAGGGAAGCAGCCCUGGGCCUGUCUGCUCCCUGUCCCCCAAACUGUUCUUUUCUUCUGAAGUAAAUACACGUAUAUAAAUAAAUGUAUAAAUGCGGCUUUGUAUCUGA